GGUUUCACCCCGACGGCUUCAGAUCGACCUGAUGUGACGAGCUGCCUCCACACUGUACAGGAACUCGCGAGUGUUGACAUUCCAGCCGUGGAAUGCAGUGAGGAGUCCGUCCGUCCGUCCGUCCGUCCGUGCGCAGGAACCACCUGGACGCACCGCGCCGCCAGGCUUAGCCAGUCUCAUGCCAUCGUUACCUUCAUCAUCAUCAUCAUCCUCAUCAUCCUCGUUGUCGUCGUCCUGGCUAAUGCUGUGUUUCCUGCUCAGUGUCGUCCUCCUGCUGUGCUCAGGAGUCCAUGGCCAAGGUCGUCUUAAGCUGACGGUCUUGUCUGAGGACAGACUGCAGAUGAAAUGGAAGGAGGCGGAGGGACCCGUUCAGGGCUACAAGGUCAGAGUGAGGCCCAUCUCAGAGGUGCCACAGCCGGAGCUGAUGCUAACGACCACACGGGGCCGGGCGACCGUGGCAGGACUGGACUCCACCCAGGAAUAUGCCCUUCAGGUCCUCGUGCUCAACGGAACCAUGGAGAAGCUCCUCGCAAAGAGACGAUUCACCAUGGAGGGCCUCCGAGACGAAGAGAGGAUCCGCAGCGGCAGCCGCGAGCAGAGGAAGAAGAUGGUGCCGGGCGGUUCGGGGUCGGGAGACGUGGACGACGCGUCCGAGGCGCUGCUGGAAUCGCCCACUGUUCUGUACCCGGACCCCACCACAGCUCCCACCACAGAGCCCCCAGUGAUGGAACCCCCCUCUCAGCUCCCGGAUGAGGCCCCGGAGAGAAACGCCAAAGACAAGAGGAAGAGAAAGAAGGAAAAGGAGCGGGAGAACAAGGAGGAGCAGGGGACGACGCAGGGUAAACAGCUGGAAGAGAAGCCCCGGAAGACGGCGUUGUCCACCCCCCCGCUCACCGGCGUGUCUCCAAAGAAGCCGUUCGAGUGUACGAGCGACGCGGCGGCGGACGUCGUGCUGUUGGUGGACGGCUCCUGGAGCAUCGGACGCGCGAACUUCAGGCGGGUCCGAGACUUCCUGGAGGGCCUGGUGACGCCGUUCAGCAUCGGGCCGGACCGCAUUCAGAUAGGUCUGACCCAGUACAGCGGAGACCCCCGCACAGAGUGGAACCUCAACAACUUCACCGCCAAGGAGCAGCUGCUGGAGGCGGUGAGGAACUUCAGGUACAAGGGCGGGAACACGUUCACAGGCCAGGCGCUGCUGCACGUCAUGGAGGAGAACAUGAGGGCCGAGGCGGGAGCCAGGAGGGACGCGCCCUUCUUCCUGCUCCUGCUGACCGACGGGAAGUCCCAGGACGACGCCGUCGCGGCGGCGAGGCGGCUGAAGAGCGCCGGCGUGGAGAUCAUCGCUGUGGGAGUGAAGAACGCCGACGAGGCCGAGUUGAGACAAGUGGCCUCGGAGCCGGCGGACGCCAACGUCUACAACGUCAACGACUUCCCUCUGCUCGGCAGGCUGGUGGCGCGGCUCGUCCACAUCCUGUGCGGCCGCAUCCAGGACAGCGGCGCCGCCCGGCGUGAGCCCGGGCCCACGGCGGACCCGGCGCUGUCCCACCCCAGCCCCACGGACCUGCGCUUCUCCAAGCUGGGCUCCAAGGACGUGAAGCUGCACUGGACCAACCCCGCGCUGCCGGUCAAACAGUACCGGGUGGUCUACCACGGCGCCGAGGGUCCGAGUCCUCAGGAGGUGGUUCUGCCGGGUUCCGAGUCCACCGUGCUGCUGGACGGCCUCUCGUCGCAGACGCUGUACCACGUCUCCAUCUUCCCCGUGUACGCGGACAACGUGGGCCUGGCGCUCAGAGGGACCGUCACCACACUGCCCCUGGCCAUGCCGGCCCACCUGGAGGUGACCCCCUCCUCCUACAGCGCGCUGCGGGCGAGCUGGAGCGCCGCGCCCGGCGCCACGCAGUACCUGCUGCUGUUCUCGGCGCUGAGCCACGGCGAGCCCGACGACGCCAGGGAGGAGAAAGUGGGCGGCGCCCAGACGGCGGCGGAGCUGGAGGGGCUGCUGCCGGACACAGACUACUCCGUGACCCUGUACGCGCUGUACGACGAGGAGCCCAGCGACCCGGUCACCGCCGUGGCCACCACGCUCCCCCUCCCGCCCCCCGCCAGCAUCCACCUCCCACUGGUCACCCACAGCGCGCUGAGGGUGAGCUGGGCGCCGGGAGCCGCGGGCGUCCCCGGCCACAGGGUCACCUACAGCACCAACCACGGCAGCGACGUCAGACAGAUAGAGGUGUCGGGACAGAAUUCCGUGCUGGUGCAGAACCUGUCCUCUCUGUCCAGAUACCUGGUGUCCGUCCAGUCUCAUUACCCACAAGGCCUAUCGGCAGCGCUCACCAGUAACGUCACCACACUGAAGGUGCCUUCGCCAUCUGACCUCAGGGUGACUAACUUCUCAGGCAGCGACAUCACUGUGCGCUGGGAGGCUGCGGCUGACGAUGUUGUCUCCUACCUCAUCAAGUGGAUCUCUCUGAGCGGAGGAGACCUGAGGCAGUUAAGGGUGAGUGGAGAGAGUGAAGGGGCGAUCCUGGAGGGGAUAGAGGACGAUAAGGAAUAUCAGAUCUCUCUGUCUGGACUUUAUGGUGAUGGAGCUCAGAGCGAAGCAGUGGCCAUACGAUAUAGCACCUUGUCUGGUGGAGGCCCCUCCAGCGUAUCGGUCUCUGACGAGACUGCGGUCAGCUUGGUUGUCAGCUGGGUUCCUCCCAACGCUCAUGUUCUCCGGUACCGCGUGUCCUACACUGCAUUGACUGGCACUGAGACCCAGGACAGAACUGUGAUGGUUCCAGGCGGGGAAAAGCGGGUGGUGCUUGAGUCACUGCAGCCGGACACGCGCUACAGCAUCCUGGUCACUGCCGAGUACCGAAACAGAGAAGGCGGCAGCGGUUCAGCCCAGGGGAAAACCAUGAGUCUGAGGGUCAGCAGUCUGAGCGUGGUCAGGUCAGACCACUCCAGCGUCUGCGUGUCCUGGAGACCUGUGUCCGCUGUGGACGGGUACCGCAUCGUCAUCCAGUCUGUCAAAGACAAGCAAACGAAGGAGGAAGCGGUCGAUGACUCCAGCAGCAGCCACUGUUUCAGCGAGCUGCAGCCGGAGACCCUGUAUCGCAUCAGCCUGCACUCGCUGCUCGGGUCCGCUGAGGGCGCAGCUGUCUCCAUUCUCCAUCCAACAGCCGUGGCUCCCGCUAGAAUUCCCACCCAUCCCAGGAUGUAUCCGGUCCACAACGAGGUGUGCCCCGAAGUCACCAUCAGAAACAGCAUCGUUAAAGGGUUUGACAUGAUGGAGGCGUUCGGUCUCACUCAGAGUGCCCACUCGUCCGUCGAGGGCGUAGCAGCCGAGCCCUUUGUCUUCAACACCCUCCCCACCUACACCCUGUACAAAGACGUCCAGCUGACACAGAGCACCAAGUUUAUCCACGCAGCGGGUUUCUCUCCAGAACACACCAUCAGCAUCGCCUUCCGUGUGCUCCAGGACACACCCAGGGAGCCCUUCGCUAUCUGGCAGCUCACUGACAUCGACUUCCAGCCAAAGAUGGGAGUGGUGCUCGACCCUACCACCAAGCAUCUGGUGUACUUCAGCCUGGACUACAGGGGAGAGGUGCAGGAACUGACCUUUGACCAGCAGCAGGUGCACAGGCUGUUCUAUGGCAGCUUUCACAAGGUUCACCUGUCUGUCAGCCAGGUGAGCGUGUCCCUGUCUGUGGACUGCCAGCGUGUGGGUGAGAGACCGGCCCGUCCUCUGGGCAACUUACCCACUGAUGGUUUUGAAAUGCUGGGAAAACUGGUGAGGACCAGAGGACCUAACAGCGGAUCUGCCCCGUUCCAGCUGCAGUCUUUUGAGAUUGUCUGUAACACGACGUGGGCUUUAGACGACACCUGCUGCGACCUGCCUGGAGUGAGAGAUGAGGAGAGCUGUCCUGCCCCGGCUCACACCUGUACCUGUUCCUCUGACGUCCCCGGAGCUGCUGGCUUCCCUGGACCAACUGGAAAACCAGGUCCUCGUGGUGAGAAGGGCGAGAAGGGGGAGCUAGGGCAAAAGGGGGAGGUGGGUCCUCCAGGGCAGCCCGGACCUGAGGGAGGGCUUGGACUCGUAGGCAGCGCGGGACCCAGAGGAAUAGUUGUGCAGGGGAAAGCGGGUCCACCGGGUGCGAGGGGUGAAAAGGGAGACCCUGGCCGACCAGGAGUCCAGGGUUUGUCAGGGCCUCCGGGUCCACAAGGGGAAGAGGGAAUCCAAGGCCCCCAGGGUAUUAGGGGAGUCGAAGGUAACAUCGGUUCACCUGGAAACACUGGACCCAGGGGUUUCCAAGGAAUACCAGGGCACCCAGGAGUGGCAGGGGAAAGGGGAACAGCGGGACCUGUGGGGCCCACAGGUUUACCAGGGAAUAAGGGGGAGCGAGGAGAAAAGGGCGAACCACAGUCUAUGGCCAUGAUCUUCCAAUUGGUCACACAGGCUUGUGAGCAACUAGUGCACAAGGAGGUGUUGAAGCUUGACAUGUUCAUCAAUGAGAUAAGUCGUAAGCCAGCUCCUAUAGAGGAGCCAGUGGGACCGCCAGGGGAACCUGGUGUUCCGGGGUCUAGGGGGCCUCCAGGUGACAGAGGUACCCAAGGACUUCUGGGCCCGAGGGGGAAACCAGGCAGGCCUGGAUAUCCAGGAGAACAGGGAAGGAGAGGCAUGACAGGACAGAAAGGAGACGUAGGGGCAAAUGUCCAGGGGCCCACAGGGGUUAAAGGAUUCGCAGGUGCCCCAGGUGAGUCCAAACCGGGAGUGACAGGUCCCAAAGGGGAUGAUGGUAAGACAGGAACCCCAGGGAUCUCUGGACCUCCGGGCCAGCCAGGCGAGAUUGGUCCUCCUGGUGUGUGUGACAGCAGUGUAGGCUGCCAGAACGUUCCCCAGCAAACAGAUGAUCCUUAUUAUGGCUAUCAACCCUGAAUGGACAUAAACAAGCAGGCAGCAAUGGUACAGCAAACGACUGUGGUUACUUAGAAACUGAAGUGACAGACUGGGAACAAAGCUUUUGAAAAUAGCACCACUGAAGAGGUCUGGUGCCUUGAACUUGCUACUGAUUGUUGCUACUGAACUUGCUACUGUAUUACAGUGAUAUCUGACAUGCAAGUGGUGAAGAAAGCUUUCCAGUGUACAGUUCCCGAGUGUUUUGAUGAGCAGAUAUCUUUAUAAAGAAAAAUAUUUUCCUAUUGAGAUUUGUAAAGUGAUGUUUUAUACACUAUAUGCGCACUGAAGCCUUUUGUUACUAACUCUGAACUUAACUGCCUCAAGAAGAAAGAGAAUGCAUAAUCUAUGGUGCAAAAUUUUCUUUUGCCCCGUGGUAUAAAUGUGAGACACUGUGAGAAUAUUUGUUGUGUGAAAAUUCAAGUUUGGAAUCCUGGGGUUUGGGUAAUAAGCAUCAUAUGAAAUGUAUGUGUGUGCACGAGUGAAAGAUGAGAUGAGAAAGAGAGGGAUUUUUGUGUAUUAUUGUAUUAGUCUUGGUUAAUAAAAAUCUAUUAAUGUUUCUAA